AUGUGCCCUUGUACAAAAUGUGCCAAUUGCCACUCUUAUUCUCGCGUAUGUGUUUAUGAACACUUAACAGAUCCACAUCGUGGAUUUCUUAGAGGCUAUAGACAAUGGAUAUAUCAUGGUGAAAAACCUAGAACUUCAAGUAGCGCUACUAAACAAAAUGUAGAAAUGGAGCAUGACAUGGAUGGAUUAGUUCAUGAUGUAUUUGGAAUUCAUUCUACAGAAGAGCCAAUUUGUGGUGAAGGUGAAAGAAUUCUCGAAGUUAGAGAAAACUCUAAAUUUUACGAAUUUGUAAAGGAGAAUGAGCAAAUGCUUUACCCCAACUGUAAGAAGUAUAGCAAGCUAUCAUUUAUGGUACAUUUGUAUCAUUUAAAGUGUCUUCAUGGGUGGAGUGACAAGUCAUUCUCCAUGUUGCUUGAUUUACUAAGAGAGGCUUUACCAGAAGAAAAUGUUUUGCCAAAGUCAUAUUAUGAAACUAAAAAGAUUGUUUCAGGAUUAGGUUUGGGGUAUGAGAAGAUCCAUGCUUGUUCCAAUGAUUGCAUAUUAUAUUGGGAUAAAUAUGUCAAAUAUGAAGUAUGUCCAAAGUGUAGUACGUCAAGGUGGAAAACAACAAAUGGAGUCGUACAAGGUAAUGGAAUGGAGACUUCUGAGAGGCGAAAGAAGAUACCAGCAAAGAUCCUUCGAUGGUUUCCAUUGAAACCAAGGUUGCAAAGGUUAUACAUGUCCUCCAAAGUUGCAGAAUCAAUGAGAUGGCACCAUGAGAGUAGAUUGAAUGAUGGUUCUCUUAGGCAUCCAGCUGAUUCCCUUGCUUGGAAGAAUUUUGACGCUCGAUAUCCAACAUUUUCGUUAGAUCCUCGUAAUGUUCGAUUAGGAGUGGCUUCAGAUGGUUUCAAUCCUUUCAAGACUAUGAAUAUUACUCAUAGCACUUGGCUUGUCAUUCUAAUUCCUUACAAUCUUCCUCCUUGGAUGUGCAUGAAACAACCAUACUUCAUGUUAUCACUAUUAAUUCCGGGUCCAAAAGGUCCUGGAAAUAACAUUGACAUUUAUCUGCAACCAAUAGUACAAGAGUUGAAAGAGUUAUGGGAUAAUGGAAUUGAAACAUUUGAUGCCUAUAAGAAAGAGACAUUUCAACUUCGUGCAGCUAUGAUGUGGACUAUUAAUGACUUUCCAGCAUAUGCUAACUUGUCUGGAUGGAGUACUAAAGGUCAAUAUGCAUGUCCAUGUUGUGGUAUUGAAACUACCUCGCAGUGGUUACGUCAUGGUAAAAAAAUUUGCUACAUGGGUCAUCGUCGUUGGUUAUCUCCCAAACUUAAGUGGAGAUUGAAUAGUAGGGAUUUUGAUGGAACACAAGAGCUAAGGAUCCCUCCUAAAAGACUUGAUGAGACUGAUAUUUUAAUACAAAUAGAUGAAUGUAGAGAAAAAGGUCUAGCAAAUGGAGCACAACCUUGGAAAAAGAAGAGCAUUUUCUUCACAUUGCCUUAUUGGCAAUAUAAUGUAUUGCGUCAUAAUCUUGAUGUGAUGCACAUUGAAAAGAACGUAUGUGACAAUAUUAUUGGUACAUUGUUAAACCAAGAGGGAAAAUCCAAAGAUAAUUAUAAGGCACGAGAUGAUCUUGUAGAUAUGGGCAUAAGAAGUAUGCUCCAUCCUCAACCAAGUCCUAAUAUAACUACAAUGUGUUUGCCUAGAGCAUGCUAUCAAAUGACUAACAAAGAAAAAGAAUCUUUCCUAAGCAUUAUCAAGAAUGUAAAAACUCCAGAUGAAUGCUCAUCAAACAUCCCACGUUGUGUGCAUGUCAAGCAACACAAGAUGUUUGAAUUAAAAAGUUACGAUUGUCAUGUUUUGAUGCAAGAGCUUCUUCCAGUAGCAUUACGGGGUUCAUUGCCAGAUAAAGUCACUUCAGUGUUAGUUGAUCUUUGCAAUUUCUUCAAGCAAAUUUGUUCUAAGGUACUUAAUGUGGAAUUUCUAUCACAAUUGGAGUCUCAAAUAGUUAUCACACUUUGUCAGUUGGAAACAAUUUUUCCUCCUUCAUUUUUUACUGUUAUGAUGCAUUUGGUAAUUCAUUUGGCACACGAAGCCCAAGUUGCUGGACCGGUACAAUAUCGAUGGAUGUAUCCGAUUGAGAGGUUUCUUCUUACUCUUAAGUCCUUUGUACGUAAUAGAGCCCAUCCAGAAGGAUCAAUUGCAGAGGGAUUUUUGGCCAAUGAAUGUUUGACGUUUUGUUCGCAAUAUCUAUCUGGGGUAGAAACUAGGUUCAAUAGACCUAACAGAAAUGACGAUGAAGUCUUUGGAAGGCCAUUAGGGAUAAAGAAACAACAAAAGUUACGAUUAGGGAAGAGGAAGAAAGUGAGUAGAACUAAACUUGACAAGAAAGAGUUAGCACAUGCACAUAGAUAUGUGCUUUCUAAUUGUGAUGCAGUUGCUCCAUUUAUAGAAGAACACAUUUUACAUCUUAAGAGACAGUGUCGACCACGACGAUUGACACAACUUGAAAUUGACAAGCAACAUGGUCAAAAAUUUAUUGAGUGGUUUAAACUCAGGAUCCAGCGUAUGGAUGAACAAAAGAGCUCAGAAGUUACUCAUGAACUUAGAUGGUUAUCCCGUGGACCAUCUGAGGUAGUAAGAAGAUACACAGGUUAUGCGAUUAAUGGUUUUAGAUUCCACACAAAGAAGAGAGAGAGAUUUUUGAAAACACAAAAUAGUGGAGUUGUUGUAAAGACAAAGACCUUAAAAGAUGAAAUUAAUUACUAUGGGGCAAUAACUGAUAUACUGUUGUUGGAUUAUUCUGGAAAGUACAAGGUUGUGUUAUUUAAAUGUGAUUGGGUUGAUAUUAAUAAAGGUAUCAAGAAAGAUAAGUUUGGCAUGACGCUUGUCAGUUUCAAAUUUUUAAAACAUACUGGGAAAAAUAUUUGUGAUGACCCAUUUGUGUUUGCAUCACAAGCUAAAAAGGUGUUUUAUAUAUAUGAUGAGAGAAACAAGGAUUGGCCUGUUGUUCUCAAUGCAAAAGUUAGGGAUAUCUAUGAUAUGGGUGAUGACGAAUCUAAUGAAAUUGAAGAAAUUCAUGGGCAACUAAUGGGCGAUACAAGUGAAGCUAAUCAAAAUGUUAAUGAUUUGGUUAGGCUUGAAGUUGAAGAUGAUAAUGAUUUUUUUGAAGUUGUUGAUGUUGAUAAUAUGGAUGAUGAUGAGGAAGACGAAUGA